AUUCCAACAAAAACUUCUGUUGACGAGCCCAGUGCCUCCAUCGCCGGCACCGUUCUUCCGUCGUAGGCUAACCUCCCGUCGCCCUCAAUCGUCGGAAAACAAGUAAGUUUACUUUUUCCGGUCAGUUUUCCAGUUUUCCGGCAAGUUUUCUAGUUUUCCGGCGAAAAACACGGCGGGCCGAAAAAAAAUUGCGGCCGGAGCGACGUCGGGCGAAAAAAUUUGCGGCCGGAGCGACGUCGUGCCGAAAAAAAUAUGCGGCCGGUACGACGGCCGGCCGAAAAAUUCUUUCGGCCCCGGCGACGCCUCGGCCGCAAAUUUUUUUCGGCCGGUCGCCGAACACGCCCCUGGUAACGGCCGAAAAAAAUUUGCGGCCGGAGCGGCGUCGGGCCGAAAGAAUUUUUCGGCCGGACGGCGCACUGGCCGCAAAUGUUUUUCGGCCCGGCGGCGCACCGGCCGCAAAUUUUUUUCGGCCGGCCGACGCACCGGCCGCAAAAUUCUUUCGGCCCGGCCAGUUUUUGUAUUUAAUUUAAUAUGAUAAUUAAUUAGUCAAUAAAAAAUUACUUAAUUAGUUAAUAAAAAUUAGCAAUUAGUGUUAAUAUUUAUUUAAGUUGGUGUAUAAAUGUUUUUUUGGUAAUAAGCGUUUGAAAGUUUAAUUACUUAGAUUAGUUAAUGAAAUUUUAAUUAAUUAAGAAUUGAUUUAACAAUUAAUGUUAAUAUUCAGUACAUUAGUUAAUAGAAAAUUAAUUAAUUUGUGAUUAAUUAACAAUUAAUGUUAAUAGUACAUUAGUUAACAGAAAUUUAAUUAAUUUGUGAUUAAUUAACAAUUAAUGUUAAUAGUACAUUAGUUAAUAGAAAAUUAAUUAAUUAGUGCACAUCCAAGUAUGAUAUUGUGUAAAUUUGUAGAUAAUUAGAUAUGGAUGAUGCGGGUGGGAAUGAGUUGUAUACAUUCAAUGGUAGGGUUGUUGAUGCAUCAGCACGAAAGAAGAAUAAGGAGAAUAAGCGCUCUCGAGAUAUUGGACAUCAGUCACAGGCAAAUUUAGGGGAGGAUGAGUUAGAGGCUCUUACUGUAGUUGCUCGUUCGGCAUCACGGGCGUCUGGUUCCCAUGGGAGGAACCAGGGUGCUGCAUCGAGAGUGGUCUCGACUGAGUUUGAUGAGGACGAUAAUGAUGAGGAUAUCGAGGUCCCUCCACCUACGCGUGGACAUGGACGAGGGCCUUCUUGUACGGCAACAUCACGUCCUGCUAUGUAUAUGGACAGAGCUGGGCGAUUCGUACCACCUGCUCGUCAGAAGACAGAGAGCUCGGGGACUGGACGGAGUAGGGGACGACAUUCGAGUGGUCCUCCACCGUGGGAGCUUGUUGGUGAGUGUCCUGGUGGACCUACGGAUCCUAGCCUCAUUAGGAGCUUUCGUGGCCACGUUGCCUAUGUGCAUAGUGCAGUGAUAAGAACAUGGUUGGUGGCAAAGUACCUGGUUCCGCAUCAAUAGGCAAUACAGUAUAGGCAUCAUCGUAGCGGUUGGGUAGUGGACAGUUUCCAUUAUUGACAUCAAACACCUGGUAUGUGAAGACCAUGACUGCGAUGUUGUAGAUGGUGGCAAACACGAACAAGUCCUCAGAAUCCAUCCAUCGCCCCAGUGGUGCGGAACCCGCCUCUAGCCAAUUGAUGCGGUCAAUGUGAGCUAGUGGACCACCAAUAUACAAGUUCUCGUACUUCCAAAAAUGUUGUUGGAUUUCUUGGACAAUCGUCAAUCUCAUGAGCAGAUAGUGACUAUCAUCCCCAUAAAUACAAUGAGAAAGUGCCCUAAAACCACAAUGGCCGUCUGGACUAGGGUUGAAAUCGCCUACCAGUAAAGGUCGAACAAACUCUGGAAAAAGCUCAUCGAUGUAAGGGUAAGAAUAUUGCCCUGGGGGGCUCUGGGAUGAGUAAUCUACAAAAAUAUACCAAACGGUCAAAAUUACAUGGCGGCAAAUAGCAAGCCCCUUGGUAAUACCCAAGAGAGGCCAAGAGUUCCAAGUCCCAACCCUAGCUGCGCGAGUCCAUCUCGAAAAUCUCACCAGGCGGCAGGCACCAUCGUCUUCGUCCCUCUUCUCUGCUUCCACAACUCUGCUAUGCCUGACCGCCUCAGCCGCCCGUCUAGUCGUCUCCGUCAUCGGUCGUCGUCGCCUCACAUCGCCCGCCUCGCUGUCGCCUCGCCUUCUUCUUUCUAGUCGCCAGCCUGCUCAUCGAGUUGUCAUCCCCGCUCCGCCACUCAUCGUCGAGCCGUUUUCCCCUUCUCAAUUCAACCCGGUCGCCGUCGCCCGUUGGAGGAAUCCCAGCUCCAUCGCCCGUCGCCGGUCAGUGUAACAAAUUAGAUUAGGGAUUUGCCGAUUUGGUAGAUGGGAAAUGGGAUGAAUAAUGAAACUGUUUAUUGUUUAUUUGUUUUGAUGAAUGCAAUAGGUUGUUAAAUUGAAUUUGAUGGAAACGAUGAACAUAUGGGGGAAGAAGAUUGGGUUGGGAAGAUGGAAAGGUGUAGUGGCUUCAAUCUUGGAAGAUGGCGAUUAUGGGUUGGGGAAGAGUCGGGCAAGGGCUGGGUUGGGGAGUGGAGUCGGGUCAAGCAUUGGGUUGGUUAAACUGAUGUGGAUGGAUUUGUUGAUGUGGAGGGUUUUGUUUUAAUUUUUUUAGGUCAAAAUUUGCUGAUUAGGUGUUUUCGUCAGCCAUGUCAGCAAAUAACUGACGGUGUUAACAGAAACUAACGGAGAGUGAUCAAACUUGAACCAUUUAACUAAUUUGAGUGACCAAAAUUGGAUUUAAAUAUUUCUAGUGACCAAACAUGAAUGUUUUUUGUAAACCUAGUGACCAAGAUUGAAUUUAAAUAAUUCUAGUGACUCCAGGAUGGUUCAAGGUCGGGAGGAAGAAACAAUUCGUAAGCACAAAUUUUAGUUAGAAGAACCACAAAGCAUUUAACUAAAUGAUCUAGUUGAAUAAUAUACAAUCUGCAUAUAUAAAUUUAGUAACAUAACCAUCAUUGGAGUUAUAGAAAUUGAGACUACAAUCAUUAAAGUCAAACAUGUAGCAACUCACUGCGUGCACCAAAUUACAUAGAUAGUGGUUACUUUAGCAAAUUAUACAUAUUCAUUAUUAGGCGUGAAUCAGAUUAAAGAAAUAUAGCAUCUCGAUUAAUUCUAGAAAAAUGUCAAUUGGUUAUUGUUGGAAAUGUUUAUGAAUAGUUUUGAAAGCUAUAGAGUCUCAAGUGGAAAAACUACCACAUUGGUAGUUUUACUUGGUGAAAUGGGUAUAAAGAUAGGAGCCUCUUUCCCAAGGGCAUGCCCCUUGGGGUGACCCACUUUUGUGGGAGAGGGAGGACCUAACGGACCACCACACACACGCGCGCGCCGUCCGACCGGUUGGUCGGUCGGUCGGUAUGUUGGUUCACUUGAGACUACAUAUAUAUUUUUUACAGAAAUUCCGAACGAAAUUAAUUAUUAAUCGGUUA